AUGAUAACGGUAAAUUCUAUUAACGAAUUACCCGAUGACCAUGAAGGCGAUUUAAUAAACGAUACCGAUAGUUCAACCUCGUUUAAUGAUGUUAUGUACUCGCCACAAUGGAACCGUAAGAGUUAUAUUAAAAAAAUACCGAACAAAUUAAUGAAAAACAGUAAAAGUAUUGUUGAUAUGCAAAUGAACAAACAAUCAUCUUGGUGUUCUUCAAAACUCAAAAUUUCUAACGAAGAACCUCAGUCAUUUCAUCGAUCAUCAUCUGCGCAUACUCCAUUCGAUAGUCCAUCCAUUGAUGAAAGCUAUCAUUCAACUAGUUUUCAAUCAAAUCAAAAGCCAUCGAAUUCAUAUCCUUCAUCACAAUACACAAGUUCUGCCGAUUUUUUCAAUAAUAAUCCAUUUGUUAAUAAGUUAAAAAAUCCAACCAUACCGCAAAAAUAUGGACAUUCGUAUUUUGAUUCGAACAGUUCAUCCACGGACAGUAGCAACGCCAAUUUUGAAUUAUUUUUUCCAGAAAGUUCAACAAUUUCAGAUUCGUUUUUGGAUAAUUCGGAAACUCAAGAAGAACAUAAACCAUGUUUAGAAACGCAUUCAAAGUAUAAUUCGCAACAUCGAUUUCAUUGGUCAGAAAAUAUAGAAUAUUGUUCUCCGUGGGUGAGACUCAGGACAAAAGAAAUAUUUAACUAUGUCAAUGGUAUUUCUGAAAUGAAGAAGAAAUCUAAGAUAUUAGAAAACGAUAACGAAACAAUUCACGAAGAUUUAAAAUGUAAGGUCAUUUGCGAAGACUGUAGUGAAACCGAUGAUAAUAUCACGUACGAAAUCGCAAGUAAAUUGUGUGAUACGUUUUUAAAACAGGAUGAAACAAAUGUGUCUCAAUGUCCAAAUGAUAAACAUUUCAAAUGGAGUAAUCUCUACCAAAAGCUUAUAAAUUAUGAACAACUUUAA